AUGAGUUACGGGUGGAACAUGGAAGUGGUCAGUGAGCCAGAGUUUGUUCGUCAGGUCUCUAAAAAAGUGGAUCUCGGAGAAAGAGGCUCGGGUACCAGAGCACGAGGAACAGUUCAAGAUUUUAACAAGCUGAGGCAGGAAUGUUUAUCGAAUGGAAAACUGUUCGAAGACCCCGAGUUCCCGGCACAAGAUGAUUCCAUAUAUUUUUCGAAAAAACCCGACCGCCACAUCGAAUGGAAACGUCCAAAGAAAAUUGCACACGAUCCACAACUAUUCGUUGAGGGGUUUUCACGGUUUGACGUAAAACAGGGCGCGCUUGGUGAUUGCUGGCUCAUCGCAGCUGUUGCCAAUCUUACACUACAUCCAAAUUUGUUCUUUCAAGUUGUACCCAAAGAUCAAAGCUUCGAAGACAACUAUGCAGGGAUAUUCCAUUUCAGAUUUUGGCAGUACGGAAGAUGGGUGGAUGUAGUCAUAGAUGAUCGCCUGCCGACUAGUCACGGGAAAUUGAUGUUUUUACAUUCAGCACAAAAUAACGAGUUUUGGAGUGCACUGCUUGAGAAGGCCUACGCGAAGCUUCACGGUUCAUAUGAGGCUUUACGGGGAGGAUGGUCAAAUGAAGCUAUGGAAGACUUUACCGGAGGAGUAUCAGAGCGGUUCGAAAUGAAAAAAACACCGCCAAACUUGUUCAAUAUUCUACUCAAAGCUUAUGAAAGAAACUCAUUAAUGGGUUGUUCACUGAUGCCGGAUCCAAACGUAUUAGAAGCUAAAACGCCAGAAGGUUUAAUCAGAGGACAUGCCUAUAGUAUUACACGAGUCCAGUAUGUUGAUAACAUGACGCUAAAUCCAGGAGAAAAAAUUCCUUUAUUGAGAAUCAGGAACCCAUGGGGUAACAAGGCUGAAUGGAAGGGACCUUGGAGUGAUAAAUCACCUGAAUGGAGGUCUAUUCCUGAUCAUGAGAAAGAGGAACUAGGAUUAAGGUUUGAUGCAGAUGGUGAAUUUUGGAUGUCUUUACAAGAUGUCAAGCAUCACUUCACACAUCUUGAGAUCUGUAACUUGAAUCCGGACUCUUUAACAGACAGUGAUCUCAGCGCUGGUAAAAAAAAAUGGGAAAUGAGCAUAUUUGAAGGGGAAUGGGUACGCGGAGUAACAGCUGGUGGAUGCGGUAAAUUUCGAGAAACCUUUUGGCACAACCCCCAGUAUCGUAUAACAUUAGAAUACCCGGAUGAAGAUGAUGACAAAUGCACGGUUAUCGUAGCAUUGAUGCAGAAAAAUCGUAGGGCACAAAGACAGAUGGGUGCUGAACAUCUGACAAUUGGAUUUGCCAUGUAUCGUCUCGAAGAUCCCGACAGAUUACCAAAGCCGUUAGAUGUUAAUUUCUUCAAGCACAACGCCUUGGUAGCUCGAUCUCCGCAAUUCAUUAACCGUCGUGAAGUUAGCUGCCGAGUCAAGUUGCCGCCUGGUGUUUACUGCAUUGUUCCCAGUACUUUCAAUCCGCAUGAAGAAGGCGAAUUCUUAUUGAGAGUAUUUUCUGAAAAUCAGAACAACAUGGAGGAAAAUGAUGAACAAAUCGGUAUCGGCGAAGUCGAUUAUAGGGUAUGUGAUAUAGAGUUUUGUUUUCUGAAAUCAAAUAACAACAGACGUGUAUAGAUUAUCUAAGAACAUGCAUGAAAGCGUAAACAAUUAACUUGAGUUGUUUGGACAUUAAUAUUUCAAUUUUAAAUAAUAAUUGAUAACGCUAACUAAUCGACAAAACAGCCACUUUUGAUUUUGCUUAAUAUUCACCUAAUAUCCUCUAACUGAAUAUCGAUCGGACAGAAUCUUACUUAAGUUUUCAAUUUUCUAAAGCAUCAAGAACAUUGCUAUUACAGAUAACAGUCAAAUUUCCUGUUCCAGUCUAUAAACCUUAUAGGUGUGCAGCAUACUUCACAAGUCAUAUGUGAAUACUGCUACGUAGUGAAACACAGCCAACGCAAAUCACGUAGAGACUCUGCAUGUUUGCGGAAGAAAUAGUAGUACUAACAAUCACAAAAAUUUAUAUCUGAACAAGGCUGGUAGAAACUCAUUCUGCUCACUUUCCAUACGUUUCAACGAAAUAUGAAUUUUUCUUACCUCGAAAAUAUUUAUUGUUUAAUAAACUAUCUAGGGUAUUCCGCUUUUACAAAGAAAAGAAAAGAGUUUAAAAUGUAACACUUUUGCAAUUAUUACCUCACGUUAUUCUAAUCAGCAUGAAAAGUUAGAGAAUAUUCCCUUAUUCCACUCGCUUUGGGCCUGAAGUACUACGAC